AUGUCUUUCAUUUCUUUGCUGUUUCUUUUCUUUAUUUCAUUCUAUCCAUCUAUCUAUCUGUCUAUCUAUCUAUCUAUCAAUAUCUAUCUAUCAAUAUCUUUCUAUCUAUCUAUCUAUCUAUCUAUCUAUCUAUCUAUGUCUGAUUUUUCCUUCUUUCUCUUUUUCCUUCUUUCUCUUUUUCCUUCUCUUGUCUUUUCCGCUUACGUUUCUUUCCUUUUACGUUAUCCAUUUUUUCAAUUCAUCUAUAUAUCUAUCUAUCUAUCUAUCUAUCUAUCUAUUUUUUUCCUGAUUGCUCUUCUUCCUUCUUUCCUUCAUUUCUUCUAUCUAUCUCUCUAUCUAUCUAUUUAUAUAUCUAUCUAUCUAUCUAUCUGUCUGAGCAGAAGCCUUCUUAGGAAUUAUGUAUAUCCGGUUUUUUCUUUCUACUUUUCUUUUGUUUAUUUAUUUAUUCCCCUCUCUCUCUUUCUCUCUCUCGUUCUCUCUCUCCUCUCUUUCUCUCUCUCGUUCUCUCUCUCUCUCUCUCUCUCUCUCUCUCUCUCUCUUUUUCUACUUCGCCAUUCAUUCAUUUCCGUUUUUUUUUUUUUUUUCUUUCGGUUUAACUUUUUCGAAACUUGUUUACCGUUCGUUUAUUCGUCACAUAUUUUACAUUGGGUUUUCUUUUUUUUUCAUUUUCUUUCGGAUUUUCUUUCAUUAAUCAUUCAUUCCUUGAAUUUUCAUACAUUCUUUAUCAGUUUUUAUUUUAUAUUUCUUUUUUAUAUACAUGUUUCCUUUAUCCUAUCAAUUCUUUUUGUUUGGUAUUUUUCUUUUUCUUUCUUUCUUUUUUCUAUUAUUUAUUAUUAUAUUUUGUUUCUUUUCAUUUUUCUUCUUUUGAAAUUAUUCGUUCGUCUGUUUUCUUUCGUCUCUCUCUCUCUCUCUCUCUCUCUCUCUCUCUCUCUCUCUUUCGCCAUGCCAUUAUAUUCGCCUCUAACAUCCAAUGCUUCACAUCAUUUUUCAUUAUUUUUACUUCCUUUAAUUAAAACUAAUCAAACUUUUGUUUUUUGGGGGGCUUUUUGGGGGGUUUUUUGGGUUUUUUUUUUAUUUAAUUCACGCUUUCUUUCGUUAUUUUUUUUUUAUAUAUUAUUUGUUUCUCUUUAUUUACAUCUUUAUUUCUUUCUUUUUCUUUCUUUAUAUUCUUUGUUCUUCAUUUCUUUUUUCUUUUUAUCUUUCUCUAUUUUUUCUUUCUCCUUUUAUAUCUUUGUUUCAUCAUUUCUUUCUUACUUUUUUCUUUCUCUAUUUAUUUUUAUUUCUUCCUUUCUAUCUUUUUUCUUUAUUUCUUUCUUUAUUUAUUUCUAUUUAUCUUUCUUUAUUUAA